ACUAUUUGCUACUGUGCGUUGUGACCGGUUGCGUCCGCUUUUGUUGCGCGCUUUUCAGUCUGCUUGUUCAUUCAAUAGUUCCCUGCUUGUUCACUGCCAGGUCCGUGUUUUCCAAUCACUGACGGAACCUAAAGAGUCAAGUGUUGAGGCCCUUUACAUGUGAUUCAUGUCUUCCGCCAAGAGUUUGAAAUCUGGCUUUGUAUCAUUACAACUGAACCAAGUAGAAUGGUGUGUUCCCUCAAGAUACAAUGAACUUUCAAUGAUCGGGUAUGGGGCGUACGGAACUGUUUGUUCUGCCCACGAUAACAAACUAAACCGUCGUGUAGCCAUCAAAAAGUUGAGUAGACCCUUUGAAAAUAUUGAAUAUACGAAACGAACAUAUAGGGAAAUCAAUAUUUUAUCUCAAAUGGAUCAUGAAAAUAUCGUUUGUUUGAUUGAUGCCUUUUCACCACAGACAUCAUUAAAAGAAUUUACAGAUAUUUAUCUAGUAACACCAUUGAUGGGUGCUGAUCUUGGAGCUAUUAUUGAAACUCAAUCGUUAUCAGAUGAACAAAUACGUUUUCUUGUGUAUCAAAUUUUAAGGGGUUUAAAAUAUAUGCACAGUAUUGGCUUAAUUCACCGAGAUUUGAAACCAGCUAAUAUAGCAGUAAAUGAAGAUUGUGAAUUGAAAAUUCUCGACUUUGGCUUAGCACGACAAAAACAGGAAGAAAUGACUGGUUAUGUUGCAACUCGUUGGUAUCGAGCACCUGAAGUUAUGUUGAAUUGGAUGCAUUAUAAUGAAUCUGUUGACGUUUGGUCCGUUGCAUGUAUUAUGGCUGAAUUGCGAAAUCGUGCACCUUUAUUUAAAGGUGGUAAUCAUAUUCAUCAAAUUCAGUUGAUUCUCAAUUUAUUAGGAAAACCUGAUGAAGAAUUUAUGAAAAAAAUUAACAGUCCUGAAAACGACAAAAACCCAAUGUUAGAUGCACGUGGAUUUAUCCGUGAUAUUAGUAAAUGUGAACCACAAAAUCUGUACACAUAUUUUUCUUCUUUUUCAAGUGACGCUGUUGAUUUAUUACAAAAGAUGCUUCACCUUGAUCCAGAUCGACGUUUAACAGCUGCUCAAGCACUAGCUCAUCGUUAUUUCGCAACGUAUCAUGAUGAAUCAGAUGAACCAAUUGCAGAGAGAUUUGAUGAUCUAUUUCAAGACGAUAGUAAUGUAUCUUUAGAUCAGUUAAAAGAAGCUGUAUGGAAUACACUAGAGAAUUUCGUACCGAAUCUAAAUUCUCUACAUUUAUGCGCUUCUGAAGAGACAAAUGCAGCUUGAAUGUAUAUUUAUGUAUUUUAUUUCUAUAUACACGGAGAAAUAUUGUUUCUUUAGCCUCAUUUAUGCAUCUAUAUAUGUAUACAACUAAUAAUAUUUGGAAUUAUCAAAAUUGAUAUGUUACAGUUAAACCCAAUUACCAUUUACUUUCUGAUCCGGUUGAUAUGUUUGCUUAUUCCGCAUAUUACUAAAAACCCUUAACAUGCUUUAUUUUUCUUUUUACUAAAAACUAAUAUUGAAUAUUCUUUGUAUAAACAUUUUAUUUACAUAAAUAUUUUUCCAUACAAACGUUCCUAUAUACGAAAACUUUUCUCGCUUUUAUCCUGUAGCUCAUUUUUUAUACACAAAGAUCUCACAUUCUGUGACUAGUAAUGAAAACUAAAUAAAGUCUACAUUAGUAAUGGUAUAAAUUGUUUGAUAAAAAAUCAACAUACAGCUCAAUAGUUAAUCUUCACAAAUCGUUUAAGACUGGAUAUGUAUAUGCAAGUGGAAAAUUUUUUUUUUAAUUUACAUAGAAAAUGCUUUUAAAACCUUUUUUGUACUUCUAUCAUCUUUAUUAAAAAAGUUUUCGGACACAAAUGAAGAGCGAGGUUAAUCUGUGUUCUUAUUUCCUUUUGAUAUUUUUGUGAUUGGUUCUAUUCUUGCUUUUCUGGGAUAAAUUAUUCAUCAGCUUUCUCACUGUAAAAUCAUUUAUUCAUUUGAUUCUCAGUAUAUAAAUAAGCUCAUUUAUGCUAUUAGCUAAUUUAGACUCAAGGAAUGUAAUAACCUGAUAGAAAUGUUCAUCGUCUUAGAUUGUUCGUCAUGAUGAAUACUAAAAUGGUAUUAAUUAUAAUAAA